AUGACUGACACAAUGCUCAGAACCUCUUUUUGUCUCAUCUGUGGAGCUUUAGCAGCAGCUCAGCAGGUCAACCAGAUCAUCCAUCCUGCAGCUAAUAGGUUUGGAAACCACAGACCAAACCAGCAUGAAGCCCAGAAACCAGCAGCAGUCACGCAGGAGAAACAGCUUUUCCACGAACCAUUGUCUUGGAGAUUUCCAGAGCCACCAGGUAAAGACGCACCUCAGUUCCCUCCAAACUUUGAGUUGAGAACUCCAAAGGCACCUGACAGCAUCAGGGCCACCUGUGGGGCCAGCUCUGUCAGAGUAGAAGCCAAGAGAGAUCUGCUGGGGACUGGUAAUCUGGUUCAGACUGCAGAUGUCACACUGGGAGGAUGUGCUGCCACAGGGGAAGAUCCUGAGGCUCAGAUCCUAAUCUUUGAGUCAGAGCUGCACAACUGUGGCAGCCAGUUGCAGAUGUCUGAGGACUCAUUUGUUUAUGUCUUCAUGCUGAUCUACACACCCAGCCCUCUGGGGACCAGUCCCAUCGUCCGAACCGGAGAGAUCUCCGUCAGCAUCGAGUGUCAUUACCAGAGGAAGAAUAAUGUGAGCAGUAGCCUGCUGAAGCCCACUUGGGCUCCUUUCACUGAGACCAAAACAUCAGAGGAAAGUCUCUACUUCUCCCUCAGACUUAUGACUGAUGAUUGGCAGUUCCCUCUUUCAACCACUCGGUUCUUUGUAGGGGACAUGAUGAAGUUUGAAGCUUCAGUCAAACAGUUUCACCAUGUCCCUCUCAAAGUAACCGUAGACAGCUGUGUGGUAACCGUUGUCCCAAAUGUUGAUACUGUCCCUCGAUACACAUUUUUGGGAAAUCAUGGGUGUCUGUUUGACAGUCAGCUGAGAGGAUCCAGCUCUCAAUUCCUGCCUCAGUCUCACAGUGACAAACUACAGUUUGAGUUAGAGGCCUUCAGGUUCCAGCAGGACAAUAGCGGCGUGAUCUACAUCACCUGCAGCCUGAGAGCUACAGAAGCUGCUGCAACUGCCAAUGCUACCAGCAAGGCCUGUUCAUUCUCCAGUAGGUGGAGGGAGGCCAGUGGCAUCCAUCAUGCCUGCUCCUGCUGUGACACAGACUGUAGGACAAAUGGAAAGAUUGGCCAGACUGGAAAGGGUACACAGUGGGAACAGGAAAUGACUGUUGGACCAAUCACAGUAAAGGAGAGAUUUCUAAGAUGAAAAAGAGCUUUGUUUAAAAAAAAAUAAAAUAAAAUCAUAAUAAAGCUCUCACGC